UUUGGAGCCAGCAGCACAAGAAGAUCCACCUGUCGAGCUUGGACAGGACAGCAAACAGGUAGCUGUGCGACCUGAGUCCACCUCGGUUACCGUGUCGGCUGUUCCGUCAUCGAGCAAGGCGAUGCGGUUUCCCCUGCGGCCGGGGAAGGGUAGCGUCGGCACAAGGUGCCUGGUGAAGGCCAACCAUUUCAUUGCCCAGCUGCCGGACAAGGAUCUCCAUCAGUACGAUGUUUCAAUCACUCCGGAAGUUACCUCACGAAUCGUCAACAGAGCUGUGAUCAAGGAGCUGGUAAAUCUGCACAGGGCAUCUUAUCUGGGUGGGAGGCUGCCGGCAUAUGAUGGUAGGAAAAGCUUGUACACAGCAGGCCCACUGCCUUUUACUUCCAAAGAAUUUCAGAUCACAUUACUUGAUGACGAUGAUGGCUCUGGUCCACAGAGGCGGCAAAGGAAUUUUACGGUCGUGAUCAAAUUCGCUGCACGAGCCGACCUUCAUCGCCUUGGAAUGUUUUUAGCUGGGAGGCAUGCAGAAGCUCCUCAAGAGGCAUUGCAAGUCCUUGAUAUUGUGCUGCGAGAGCUGCCCUCCACAAGAUAUAUGCCAUUUGGAAGGUCGUUCUUUUCACCAGAUCUGGGCAGUAGGCAACGCCUUGGUGAUGGAUUAGAAAGCUGGCGUGGGUUCUACCAGAGCAUUCGACCUACUCAGAUGGGCUUGUCACUCAAUAUUGAUAUGUCAGCGACAGCUUUUAUUGAGCCAUUACCUGUAAUUGAUUAUAUCGCGCAACUUUUGAGUUCUAACAUUCAUUCGAGACCCCUCUCAGACUCUGACCGUGUGAAGAUUAAGAAGGCACUUAGAGGAGUAAAGGUGGAAGUUACUCACCGCGGGAAUAUGCGAAGAAAGUACAGGAUAUCUGGUCUGACAACUCAGUCAACACGAGAGCUAACUUUUCCUGUUGAUGAAGGGGCAGUAAAGUCAGUUGUACAAUACUUUCAAGAGACAUACGGUUUUGCCAUCCAACACACUUACCUUCCUUGCCUUCAGGUUGGCAAUCAGAAGCGUCCAAAUUACUUGCCUAUGGAGGUCUGCAAAAUAGUGGAAGGACAGAGAUACUCCAAGCGAUUAAAUCAGAAUCAGAUAAGAGCUCUCUUGGAUGUGACAUGCCAGCGCCCACGUGAUCGGGAGCGUGAUAUAAUUCAGAUGGUUAAACAUAAUGCCUAUCAGGACGAUCCUUAUGCGAAAGAGUUUGGCAUUAACAUUAGUGACCGUAUGGCAUCAGUGGAGGCGCGUAUUUUACCAGCUCCACGGCUUAAGUACAACGAGACUGGUAGAGAAAAGGAUUGCUUACCUAGAGUUGGUCAAUGGAAUAUGCUGAACAAGAAAAUGGUAAAUGGUGGCAAAGUCAGAAGCUGGAUGUGUAUCAAUUUUGCCCGUAAUGUGCAGGAAAGUCUUGUUCGUGGCUUCUGCCAUGAACUUGCUCUGAUGUGCCAAAACUCAGGAAUGGACUUUGCUCUGGAGCCUGUUCUUCCACCUCUGUAUGCACGUCCUGAUCAAGUGGAGCGAGCUCUUAAAGCUAGGUACCAUGAUGCAAUGAACAUUCUUGGACCCCAGCGCCGGGAGCUUGAUUUGCUUAUCGGGAUCCUACCUGAUAACAAUGGCUCACUUUAUGGUGAUCUGAAACGUGUGUGUGAAAUAGAUCUCGGAAUAGUUUCACAAUGCUGCUGUGCGAAGCAGGUGUUCAAAAUGAACAAACAGAUUCAUGCAAAUCUUGCGCUCAAGAUAAACGUCAAGGUGGGCGGUAGGAACACCGUACUGGUGGAUGCACUGUCGAGGCGGAUUCCUCUGGUCACCGACAGACCUACAAUUAUAUUUGGUGCUGAUGUGACCCAUCCUCAUCCUGGAGAGGACAGUAGUCCCUCAAUUGCUGCUGUUGUAGCCUCCCAAGAUUGGCCUGAGGUCACAAGGUAUGCUGGGUUAGUUUCUGCUCAGGCGCACCGGCAAGAGUUGAUAGAGGAUCUGUACAAGGUCUGGCAAGAUCCACAGAGGGGAACAGUCAAUGGUGGCAUGAUUAGGGAGCUACUUAUAUCCUUCAAAAAGUCAACCGGUCAGAAGCCCCAGCGUAUAAUAUUUUACAGGGAUGGCGUUAGCGAGGGACAGUUUUACCAAGUUCUUCUGUUCGAACUCCAGGCGAUACGAAAAGCAUGCGCCUCCCUGGAGGCGAACUACCAACCAAACGUGACUUUCAUCGUGGUUCAGAAGCGCCACCACACUAGAUUAUUCGCGCACAAUCACAACGAUCGGAAUUCGGUGGACGGGAGCGGGAACAUAAUCCCCGGUACCGUUGUAGAUUCGAAGAUCUGUCAUCCGACUGAGUUCGACUUCUACUUGUGCAGCCAUGCUGGCAUCAAGGGCACCAGCCGCCCCGCACAUUAUCACGUCUUGUGGGAUGAAAACAACUUCACCGCUGAUGGAUUGCAGACACUUACCAACAACCUCUGCUACACCUAUGCAAGGUGCACCCGUUCGGUGUCAAUUGUUCCACCUGCAUAUUAUGCUCAUCUGGCCGCUUUCCGUGCCCGUUUCUACAUGGAUCCUGAGAGCUCUGACAGCGGCUCUGCGACGAGUGGGCCUGGAGGACGUGGACCGCCGUCUGGUUCGUCGACAUCACGCAGUACCAGGACACCGGGCGCAGCUGUUAGGCCUCUUCCAGCUAUGAAGGAUAGUAUGAAGAACGUCAUGUUCUACUGCUGAUGCUAGGACUGCGAAGAUCGAGCUUAAAUGGUUCUUAUGUUGGUUGCCUCUUGUCAUUGCAACUAUGUGGAGAGACUAGCACUAAUAAUCCGCCCGCUGCAAUGCGCGUGCGCUGUACUAUGUUGGCUUAAUUACCAUGUACUUGUGUACUCUAUGUUGCAAACUAUGUUUUGGAGUAUAUGCUACCCCGUUUAGCUU